CGUGGCUUUGAAGGUCUUGCCGCGAGGCUUGGCGGGCUCCGACCCGCUGUUCCAAAUACAAACGGUCGGCGCGGUAGGCGCGCCUGAACGCAGGCGUCGGGCUGCAGGCGUUCGUUGCUAGAGGCAGGGCACCGACGGCUGUUUCUGGUUGCACGAGCUACCUCUUCCCGCUGUUGUGCGGCGCCAGAGGCCUUCGGAGCCAGCUUCUUUGCUCGGCGGCUGCUGGAUCCAAGCUGUACUUGUAUCUUACUCUUCUUCAAAAUAUUUAUUCCGCUGAUACUGAAGAGGAUGUGUUCCAGGGACAUACUUUGUUGUCAGAAAUUCCAUUACCAGAGGAGCUUCAUUCCCAGAGGAUUCAUUACUCAAGGUGAAAAAUUAGGUUAUUUCAAAAGCUGGAGCUGAAUCUAAUGUUAAAUAAUGGCAACAGGUGACUUAAAAAGAAGCUUACGGAACCUGGAGCAGGUGCUGCGCUCAUUAAAUUAUCCUGAAGAGGUGGACUGUGUAGGUUUGAUAAAGGGAGAUACAGCAGCGUCUUUGCCCAUCAUCAGCUAUGCCCUUACCUCAUAUUCACCUUAUGUAGCCGAACUUCUGAUGGAAUCUAAUAUAGAGCUCAUAGCAAAGAAUGACUUGCGCUUUAUAGAUACUGUCUAUAAGCUUCUUCGGGAUCAAUUUAAUUAUAAACCAAUCUUGACAAAAAAGCAGUUUAUCCAGUGUGGAUUUGCCGAAUGGAAAAUCCAAAUUACUUGUGAUAUUUUGAAUUGUGUGAUAAAAAAGCAUAAGGAGUUGAGUAGUCUUGACAAGACUCCAUCACAACAAAGAAAAAAAAUCAGUUCUGUUAAGUCAGAACCUUCUUCAAGCAGUGAGAAGACAUCUACAGAACCUGUUGGUAUUGAUGUCACUGGAAGGUUUAUAACUUCAGGAAAGAAGAAAGCGGUGGUGAUCCGUCACCUGUAUACUGAAGAUAGUGUUAAAAUCCCUGAAGAUAUGUUAAGUACAGUUACAGAUGUUAAUGAAGCAUUUGAUGUGUGUGGCUUAAAGCCUAGUGAAAUAACCAUUCCUGAAGUAGAGGUCCCUGAAAUCAAGUCUGAUCAGCAAGACAUAAAAGGUAGUCCUGAGAUUACUGCACUGCAGAGUAAGCUUGCAGAAUGCCAAGAAAAGCUUACGAAACUAAGUUGGAUAGAGAGUAGAUUAGACUGUUUGGAAGAAAAAAUGAAAGGAAAAGUGAUGGUGAAUGAAAAAACCUGGACGAAUCUCCUAAGUCGCGUCACUCUUCUUGAAACAGAAAGGCUUUUGUCUAAAAAGAAUGAUGACUUUGUAGACUUUAAUGAAGCUAAUGAAGACUACGCUUCUUCUAGUAGUGACAUGGAUAUUCUGAAGCCUGAUAGAAAAAGCAAAAAGGAGAGGCAAGCAAGUAUCCCUCUGUCCUCUGGCUAUAGUACAGUGUCGUCAGAUUCAACUCCCAGAGCCUCAACUCUUAACUACUGUGGUUUGAAAGACAUUUCAGAGGAAACAACAAUCCAGAAAAUGGAAAGGAUGAAAAAAAUGUCUCUCAGUCAGCUGUGGGAUUUCCUUCAGGGCUCCAGCGCGAUAAAUCCACCUACAGUUACGUGUUUGUGAGAUGAGCCACUGUUUCGGUUUCCAACAAGUGAUGUAAAACACUGUUUAUGGAAUUAAUUGUGGAUUAAAGAGUGCAGAGAUAUUUUUGGUUGGUAAUUAAAGAGUAUUAUCUAUUUUUGAUAAGAGAUUUAUCAAAAUACUAUAUGAUAUAUGUAGAUGGAUGGUUUGGACACAUUUUAAGUAUUGUUAAAGUAUUGCUAGUCUUUUUCAGAAAACUAUUGGUAAGGUAAUACUAAAAAUGAUACCUUUAUCUAAUACAAUAUAGAAUUAUGUAUGAGUUUUUAAAGAGCAGUUGAAAAUAAAUAUGAAAUGAAAUUGUAUAGGAUUGUUAUGCUGCCUACCACUUUAAAAAACUUUAAUAUUUUUCUGAAAUUUGAGAAGUACUGAAAUAUUAUGCUCCAAGAAUUAGACUCAUAAUUGACUCUAGUUGUUAUUGCUCCCCUCUGACCAUGGUAUACUUAAUUUAUUAACGGUAACUAUACCUUUAAAUAAGAAAAAUAUUGAAAUUUAUUUUAGGCUCAAAAGCAUAAUUUCAACAACUUACAUCCCAUGCCUCACUAUGAAUUAUUUAUUUACUUAAUAUAUUAUUUAUUUAUUAUAUUUCAGGUUUGAAGAAACUGCAGAGUUACUGAAAUGUUCAAAUCACUAAUUAUAGAAUUUUCUGCAUGAACUUCUUAAGGCCUUUGGCUAUUGUAUGUGUUGUAUAUUCUAAGAAUUCUCUAUAAAUUGUAAUAUAUGGCAAUAUUUUUAUUAAGAAUUGGAAUUCCAUUUGGUAUAUGAGUUUUUUCAUUCAAUAUUGAAUAAAUAUUUAAUGUUUUAUGAUAUGAUUAUACUGCUUUACUCUGUUUUACUUUUCUUAGGAAAACCUGUGUGCCAAUGCAUUUCUUUUACAGAGUGAAGUCAUUAUAGCACUGUAUUUUGGUGUUGACAUUUGUUGGCAGUGGGCUAAGUAAUCUACUUUUUAAAGUACAGGCUUGAGGACCCCGGUUCACAUCCUGUUGGAAACACUCCACCUGGGACUUGCGUAUUGUACCCAGGAGGCUCUCGCACAUACGGUCUUGCCAUCUGUGCUGACGAAUAUAUUGUAAUGAAAAGUUAAAAAUUCUCAUUGAAAAUUAAAUAAAACAAAAAUACAAUGAUUUCACGCUUUGUCAAAAACAGCAACACAUUUUCAGUAAAUACUAAGAAAGUGAGGGUAUGAUUCUCCUUUUGUAUUUGGAAGCAGGUCGGGAAGUUGACUGUGAAAGUGUGUUGAGUAUUUUAGUGCUCUACUUUGUAACACAUUUUAAGACCAGCAGCACAGACACACAUGGCGGCCGUCCAGUAUUACAAGAAACACAGUGAUGUUUUUUGCUUUUUGUAAGUGAUGGGAAGUUAUAUAUUUUUUAUGGAAAGAGAAAAUGUCUUAGAUGAAAUUAAAUCAAGAGAAAAAAGAAAUUCACUUUAAAUUACUACAUAAAUUAUCUUUUUAUAACUUUAUAAGUAAAAAAGGUAAUAAUAGUUCUGGGUAAUCUUAAAAUUGAUUCCAUUAUUUGGAGGGAAAAAUAUUUUUUCAUUUGUAUUAUUAUUUAGAUCAUCUGAUUGUAUUUAUUCAUUUGUUUAUAUUAUGUAUAUGUAAUUUAUUAUUUAUAACAUGAACAUUUAUAUUGUUAAAAUUCUAAGUAGGAAAUUACUUUUGAGGAAACAUUUUUAGUAUUCUAAUACAUGUUUAGUCAUUAGACUUUAAAAUUAUGAACUUUUGAAGUUAGGAUACGAUCUUCAAUUUAGUGGAGUUUCAGUAAACAUUUCUAGAAUUAAUGAAUUCAGUUAGCUUUAUUUUUUCAAUUACAAAAAAUUUGUAAAAAUCAAGAGAUUACGGUUAACAAAAGAAAAAACUGCAUCAGUUAACGUCUAAAAUGUCAUUACCAGCAUGGAAUUGUAGCACCACCUUGUGGUUCAUAUGCCAGUAUUUUAGCUUUUAUUAAAACAAAUGAUUUUCCCCUUUUGAAAGACUCAGUUCCAAUUAUUAAAAGCAUUUUUGAAGUUUUCCUGUGCAACACAGAAGAAAAAGUAAAUCUCCUUUUCUCUGUCUCUUCACUUCCUCUUUUUUCUUUAUAUAGUGUACAUAUACACACAAUUAGAUGAUUUGAAAUAUUUUUUAAUCUCCUAAUUUACAUACAGUGUGCAAAUAUAAGUAUCUAGUAAAAGAUGUCUUAUAAAGUGGAGAUUUAGGAUGCAAAUUCUUUUAUAUUUUUAUCUAACAACUGAAACAGGAACUAAUAAAAUCAACUCAUAAUAAUACCACACAUUAACACUUACAAAGAAUCUCACUGUACUACUAGACUUCUUUGGAAAAAAGAAAGCAAAUUUGACUUUGUUGAAGUUUUUGAAGACAUAGCCAAAUUAUUUGUUAUUCUAAUUCUUUUAGAAAUAGUAGGAAAAGGUAUGUUUUCUCUCUUAGGCAAUUUGAUAAGUGGCUUGUAACCAUAAACCCGCCCCUUUUGAUUAACUUGAAGGUCUUGAGAAAGUGAGGGAGAGGAGCCCUGGAGAGAUUAGUUGGAGCUACAUAGUUAAACCUUAGUUAACUGGAAUUUUCACUAAUUCUAUCCCCUUAAUUCUCCCGUAAGCUGGAUAAAAGAUAAUUUAUUAUACUACCAACAAAAGCACCAGCGGCUUGUGCUGCCCUGCCUGUACUAUCCUCUGUGAAUGGGUCUGGAUAGAGAUCAUCUAGGAACGUUAUAAGGAAAGCAUAGGGUAAAAUACUAGUCAGUACAGAUUAAAAAGAAGUAAUAUCAACUCUUUGAAAAUUCUCGACUGAGCUAAGGACUAUUAAGUUGGAAAAAGUAGUUCUGUAUUUUGUUUGUUUUGCUCUAGUAUUUUUAAUGUAAUGUUUUAACAUGUAAUAUAUUUCCUAAAAAUAAA